CCCGAUUACCGGACAAGCUAAAGCUCUCUAAUAGGCAGGUAUCCAAAUCUUUCGCACCUUCUCGUCUCUGGGAAACGUGUGCGACGGCGUGUCACGACCGACGAUGCUGUUAUAACAGCAAUGUCUGGGCACGUCCUUCCGCCGCGACGCACGUCCUUCCGCCUCAUGUAAGACGCACCACCUGCGUGGAGCGCCGACUGGGAUAGUGUUUCAGACGGACCACGUGCGAAGAUCGCCGAAAGGGGUUAAACAAACACUGCGAGGGACCGACACCCCUGGAAACACUGUGACAGCUGUGGCCGACCUUGACCGCGGUACUGGGAUGCUCGGGCCUGAUUUGUGCGGACGGGAUGUCAUCAAGGCCUUCGAACAGCACGGAAAGCAGGUGCUCGCCGUCGGAAUCAAGGCCGCCCCCGAUGCCAACCACCCCGGAACAAUCCGCCAAGUGGGAGACUCUGUCUGGUACAGGAACUACGGGACUGGAGCCAGAUGGAAGGCCAGCGUUGUGCAGGCCCCCGAAGGCCACCGCAUGGCAACCAUCAAAUCUGGAGAUGGCGAGCUUCAUCGUCGGCACUACGACCAGUUAAGAGCGAGGAAAACUAACUCUGGGUUUGCCGCCUGUGAAACAGAAAUCAAGCAAGAGCCCGGCGUUGACGCACAGCAGACCGAAGCUGGGGAACCCGGUGCACCAGUGAUCGAAAGCGAACAACCCGAGAGCCCAGGUGGGACAGGCGCGGAUAGCAGACCAGAUACGGAGAACAAUCAAGUUACAAGUGACGUCAGCGGCACAAAUUGUGAUACCUAUAAAGAUUCUGAUCCUGGCGAGAACAUGUUGCACAGGUCCACAAGAAAUUGCCGCCCGCCAGAUCGUUACCAGCCUUGAGGGGGAAGAAGGCUGAUGCAUCAUCACUGGCACACCUCCUUGCCACUGCACACGGCAGGCUGAUGCAUCGUCACUGGCACCCCUCCUUGCCCACUGCGCAUGUUCUCUGCGCACACUUCCAGCACCUAUAAAAAGCCUCGUUACCAAUAAACGUUGUUCACUGUUGUACGCUCGUGUCUGCACGCUUCAUAUACAUUGC